AUGCCGUCUACCGGCUCCGCCAUUGCUGCCUACGGAGGGAAGGAAAAUAAGAAUGCCGAUUGGAUUUUAGCUUAUUGGGACAAAAUAAAGCUUAUGAUCGGAGUCAAAAGAAAAGCUUUGAUUGCUGACAUAACAAAGCCUAUAAACAAAAGAGGUAUGUAUGAUGGUAUUAAAAGAGCAAUAAGCCCAAUUCCUGCCAAGUCAGUUUCCGUCAUGUCAAAAACCGGUAUGACUAUAAUCGAUCGUGCUAUGCAAAUGCAGCGUGGAAGGAACACUUUUUUUGUACUGUACGCGGUCGCAAAUGUCGUGACUGACACCGCUUUCAACUCCAUCUUAGAGCUUCCUGCCAUGGUGGAGCUGGAUUACGUGCCUACUGAAGAAAAGCUCAGCAAAGCAAUCGACCGCCUAAUUAGUGAAAAGCUCCUAAAGAUGAUGGCAACCAUGGUGUAUGCAACAGCUAUUGAAGAAUCUCUUUCCUUAGUGUUGUUGGUGAAGUGUUUGCUUGUGUACAGUUCUUUGUUUCACACUUUUCUCUGGACUCCCAAUGCGGUUUCAGAGCUAGAAAAUUAA